AUGGCGGCAGACGGGGAGCCCCUCGACCCUUUGGAUGCAGUGGAUUACGACCCAAUCGAUCACCUAAAUUCCAUCUUUUCACAUCCCUCCACCCUCUCCUCCGUAUCGCAGAUCUCCGACGCCCUCCACACCUACGAAGAUGAAUUGGACGAUGACAUUGGCACCCUGGUGGAGGAUCAGGUCACCUCCAAUGCGGAGAGCGUGGAGCGAAUUCAAACCGCCAAAGCUGAUCUGUCAGAGCUGUUCAAAAAGAUCGACGACGUUCGCGAGCGCGCGAUGAAGACGGAGCAGGCGAUCACGGACAUGACCGCCGACAUCAAACAAUUGGACAAUGCGAAGAAGAACUUGACCCUCUCGAUGACCGCGCUCAAGCGACUGCAGAUGCUCACCACGGCCUACGACCAACUCCAAGCGCUCAGCCGAACUCGACAGUACCGCGAUUGCGCGCAACUUCUUCAAGCAGUCAUCCAGCUCAUGGCCCACUUCAAAUCGUACCGCUCGAUUGACCAGAUCGCGAUUCUGAGCAGGAAUGUAGCGGACAUACAACGGGAUCUUCUGGAGCAAGUAUGUGAGGACUUUGAGAUGGCCUUUUCUAAGGGUGAGCUUGCUCAGAAGCGGGCAAUGCUUGCGGAGGCUUGUUUGGUGGUUGAUGCGCUGGGCGAGCAUGCCCGGUCUAGGCUGGUCACUUGGUAUUGCAAUACCCAACUUCGGGAGUAUCGCCAAGUAUUCCGUAAUAAUGAGGAGGCUGGAUCUUUGGAUAAUAUCUCACGGAGAUACUCGUGGUUCCGUCGCAUAUUGAAGAUCUAUGAUGAAGAGAAUGCGGCCAUUUUCCCAUCCGCAUGGCGAGUCAAUGAGAUUCUAGCUAAUGUCUUCUGUGAAGGCACUCGAGAUGAUUACAAGGGGAUUUUAUCUCGAUCUGUGCGCAGUGGCCAGGCCAUUGAUGUCAACUUGCUGCUCUCUUGCUUACAGGAGACGCUCGAGUUCGAACACUCUCUCGAACGUCGCUUUGCUCCUCCUUCCCGCCAAUCGACAGAUACAUUUGCCUCGGCAGAGAAUCAGAAUCCUACCUUCGGCCAGUCCAUUUCUGAAGCCUUCGAGCCUUAUUUGAGUGUCUGGGUAGAAGCACAGGACAAGCAGCUGGCUGCCCUUUUACCGAAGUACCGCCAACAACCUUUAAGGCCCCCAGAUGACGAAUUCAAUUCACAUACAGUGAUCUCUUCAUCUACAGAGUUAUUCAACUUUUACCGACACUCCUUACAGCAAUGUUCUAAGCUGUCUACGGGAGGCAGCCUUGCGGAGCUGGCAAAGGUAUUUGCCAAAUACUUGGAUCAAUAUGCACAGCAGGUUCUUCUUGACUAUAUAAGUGAGCGUCCGAGCGGUCCCACGCCGCCCAAAAUCCCAUCAAUUGAGGACUUGGUGUCGGUGCUCAACACAGCUGAUUAUUGUUACACCACGUGUAAUCAAUUGGAGGAGAAGAUAAAGGGUCGUUUAGACGAAAGUCUCAAGCAGUCCGUAGACUUGCAAAGUCAAGCGGAUUCUUUCAUGGGCAUUGCAUCUGCCGCUGUACGAGGGCUUGUACGCCAAGUGGAGGUCGAAUUGGAGCCAUCUUGGCGAGAAAUGCGCAACACGCCAUGGAGUAAGAUUGAGGCUGUUAGUGAUCAAAGCUCAUACGUGGGCGAGUUGCUCUCUAGAACCAAAGACAAAGCAGCGGAGAUUCUACAAUUACUACACAAGCAGCAAUACGCAAGGGCAUUUUCAGACCAUUUGGUCGAAUUAAUGUCAAGUCUGUUCAUCAGUAACGUCUUCCAGUGCAAGCCUGUUUCAGAAACUGGCGCUGAACAGAUGCUUCUUGACUCAUUCACAUUAAAGAGUGGCCUCACAUCCCUUCUUCCCUCCCCAGCCCCUGCAGGAUUCGUGAAGCGCGUGAAUUCCAGCUUCUACAAGAUCGAAACUCUACUCAAAACUCUCCAAGUUCGCCCAUCUCCUCCAGAGGCUCUCGUUCAAGCCUACCUGAUUCAUAUUGCGGACCGCAACAACAACAACUUCCGCAAAAUCCUUGACCUCAAAGGUAUCCGCAACCGCCAAGAACAAAACCAUCUCGUGGAACUCUUCCAGCUUCACCGCGCCUCUGAACGCUAUGCCCCCAAUCUACAACAGAGUAACCCCAUGCUCACGGCUAUUCAAGCCCCUGCAGCCACUACAACCGCUAGCUCAGUUUCCCAGGGUCUCGGAUUGAGCGGCGCUUCAGCAAUGCCAUCUCGAUUCGAUGCCUCGAUGCUGGGCUCCGCCAUUAUCUCCGCAGCUAAGGAUGGAGUCGACCUGUUCGGAAACCCCGUAGCGGGUAUUACGGGAUCAACCUCGAACGUCAAUGUAGGAGGUAUAUCUGGUUCCUCGUCGCCGGCUCCACCUAGCGCAGGGCAGCCAUUGAACCAAAUGCAAAGUCCAACUGAGACUAGUGCUGCAGCCAAUCUUAAUGAGAACCUCAAGAACAUUGGAAAGUUCUUCCGUCGGGAUUUGGGUGGGUUUGGAGGUCGGUUUGGCCGUGGUGCCGACGAUUCUUGA